AGCUCACUGCGUCCCACAGCGAGCCACCAUGCAGCCUCCUGCCCAGCGGAACCUCACCCUGCCCGGGAGUCGGCGCUACAAGACUUUCCUGAUCGAGGAGAUUCUGGCCAAGGAGUCCCACGGUUACCUGGAGCUGGCCCUGGGCUCCCGACCCGGCUUCAUCGUACGUCCGCAGGCUCUGCACUCCUGUCCCGGGUCAUCCUUGAGCUCGUACCCAUUGUUUUCAGCGACUCACCUCUCUCCAGCUCUCACAGCGAGGGUUCCACAUUACCUACCUCCUGCCACAUCCUCCAGUAAGCCGAAUGGGCCAGCUCCUGAGAAUAUUUCUCCAUCCAGCAGUGAGUGUGAAAGUGACCAAAGCAUUCUUCGCCCCAAAAAGCCUCGCAGAAGUCGCACCAUUUUCACCGAGCUGCAACUCAUGGGGCUGGAGAAAAAAUUCCAGAAACAGAAAUACCUGUCCACGCCAGACAGAUUGGAUUUAGCACAGUCACUGGGAUUAACUCAGCUUCAAGUGAAAACUUGGUACCAGAAUCGAAGGAUGAAGUGGAAGAAGAUGGUGCUGAAAGGAGGACACGAGGCUCCUACAAAGCCCAAAGGAAGACCUAAGAAAAACUCUAUCCCAACAACAGAGGAAAUUGAGGCUGAAGAGAAAGAAGCCAAAUCAGCACAAGAGCAGGAACCACAUCCUUCCUGAGAUCGUGAAUGCUGAACAAAAAAAAACUCUUUUAUUCUUCACUCUGCAUUGGUGAGGUGGGACACGACUGCAGUUUUUAGUGGAGAACCCAGAAUGCAGUGUACAGGCAGACUGCUGCCUACUCCAGCAGCUGUAUGUAAAUAUUGACAUUAACUUAAUGGGAUCUGGGAAAUGAUUGUGUGUAUAAGGGGAAUAUGAAUAAAAUAUUAUGUAUUAUUUUGGUGUAGUCUCUAUGUCAAUGAAUCAACCCUCAUAACAAUUCAAACUUUUUCAAAACCAAUGGCUUUUUCUUUUCUGAUCCAUUCUCUGCUUCCUAAUUAUUUUUUAUUCAUAGGUUUUGAGUGUCACUGACAAAGGGCAAUAUUUGUUACCUGUUUGAAAUUGCCAUUGAGAAGACGAGAGUGAGCUACCUUCUUUCACCUCUGCUGUUCAUGUGGUGUAGAAAUACCCAUAGGCUGUUAGGGAGGAAGUUCCAGGACUUUAACCCCAUGACACUGAAGGAACAGUGAUAUAUUUCCAAGUCAGGUUGGUGAGCGGCUUGGAUGGGAAAUUGCAGCUGGUCAUCUGCUGCCCUUGUUCUUCUAGAUGUAAUCAAUCACAGUUUGGAUCAUGCUAUAAUGGAUUUUUGUUGAGUUUCUGCAAUGAAUCUUGUCGAUCAUACACACUAUUGCUACUGAGCAUCAGUGAUGGAGGAAGUGAAUAUUUGUGAUACUGGAUCAGGUGGCAAGCAAGUGAGAUGCUUUAUCUUGGAUGUUGUUGAACUUUAUAAGUAUCAUUCAACUCUUUUGUCCAAGAGUUUUGCCCUGAGAUCAAGAGUUGAGGAGCCCUAAUGGAAUCUAGGGCAGUGAUUUCUUUCAUAUUAGUACUGCCUGAUAGCACUGUCAGUGACCCUUUCCAUCACUUUCCUUUGUCUAAAAAAUAGCUGUAUUCUUAAUGGUGGGCACCACAGGGACAGCAGCACAUCAUCUCUGCCUCCAAUUUGAUUUAGUUUCCUCCCUUGAUAUUCCCCCUAUUUGUUUUGGCUUUAUUGCACUUCACAUGCAGCAAGACCCAGACAACAUUGUGACUUGGGCAGAUAAAUGGCAAGUAAUGUUCACAACCCACAAGUUUAAGGCAAUAACCGUCUCCAAGAGAUAUUCUAAUCAUCACCACUUGACAUUGACUGAAGUUACAUCAAUGAAUCCUCCACUAUCAACAUCCUGUGGGUUGCCAUAAUUAUAUUAAAUUGAACCAGACCAGCCAUAUUAAUGCUGUAACUACAAGAUCAGGUUAGAGGCUAGGAAUUCUACAGUGAGUAACCCUAUCUUCCUUAAGCCUAUUAGAAGAGUGCAAAUCCAACAACACUCUAGAAGUUCAAUGCCAUCCAGGACAAAACAACCUGUUUGAUUAACAGCCUAUUCACCACCACAAGCAAUCACUUUCUCCAUCAUUGACACUCAGUAGCAGCAAUGUGUACCAUCAUAGAAACGUUGAACCCCUAGUGUGGAAGCAGGCCAUUCAACCCAAUAAGUCCAUACAAACCCUCUGAAGAGCAUCUUAUCCAGACCCAUUCCUGAUAUGAUUGGGAAACAUCCAGGAACUAAAAUAUAAUGAAAGGUGGUCACAUGGAUUUGUAAAGUGAAUGAUACACAUGACUAACGUUGAAUUUGUGAAGAAUUAGCGGGAAGUGUAGAAUCAGAUAAUAUGAAUGUAAGAUGAUGAGAGAAUCAAAAGGCUUUCAAUAAGGCACUCCAUAGCAAACAAUAACCCAAAGAGUUGUGGAAUUAGUGGAGAAAUUACAGGAAGGAUAAGAUAAGCUGGUUUCAAAUCAGAAUGAAGUAUAGGGGUUUAGGGUUGUUAUUCAAACUGACAAAGUUGGAAAAUAUCACAACAUCAGAAUCAGGGUUGAGAUCACUGUUAGUUAUUACUAACUUAAAUGAUUUGGAUUUAAGAGGGGGAAGUCAAUUUGAAUGACAGCAAAUUGAAAGAUAUAGUUAAUACUGAGGAAUUUUGAGGAAAAAUAUGGGAAUACAUUAAGAAACUUGAUAAACUGCCUGUAAUAACUUCAACAUAACAAAUUACAAGGUGACAUUCAGAUAGAGGACAUUGUGACAUUCAACAUGUGGUUUAAUAGAUCACCAUCUUAUUCUCUGUUUAUUUGGUCAGUUACUGUGUUAGCAGUCAGGCAGGUAACAAUGUAUGUAACAUAGCAGUAAUCUGAAUAAGCAUAUAAUGUAGCCUGUAUAUGGUAAGUUUGAGAUGCCAUAUUAAUGUACAUAGUUCGCUAUUAAUAAACUUCCAGAAAACUGAAUUAAUACAA